AUGGUGCGGCCACCCAUCAGCAGCACGCUCUCCUCGAGCGGCCAAAGGAGAACUUCGGCAUCCCUCCACGCCGGCGGCCCCAUCACGAACCGGGGCUUUUUCGACUCCAUCCACCACGGCCGGCAAUUUCGCCGCAGCUCCCACCGAUACCACACCUUUCCCACCCCUCCGCUCGCCACACCCCGCGACAACCGCGAAUUCCCCGGCAGCUCGGAAGAGUCUCGCCGCAACGGCAACGGUAACGGUAACGGUAACGGCCCGCCCUCGACGUCCUUCCCGGAAAUCAAACCGGAACAAGUCGGCCUCUACGUUGGUCUCGUGGCGUCCGCGUUCGCCUUGGCGCAGCUUUCGACCAAUUUCCUGUGGGGCUAUCUUUCCGACCGCAUCGGGAGAAAGCCCGUCCUCGUGCUCGGCACCACGUUGCUGGCGGUGUGCUUCGUUCUCUUCGGCUUCUGCAAGACGUACUGGCAGGUCAUCGCCGUCCAGAUCGCCAUGGGCAUGCUCAACGGGAACGCCGCCGUCGUCCCCACCGCCCUGGGCGACUUGACCGACAAGUCCAACCAGGGUACCGCGUUUACCUGGCUGCCCGUCAUAUACUCUCUGGGUUCCAUAUCGGGCCCGGCUCUUGGGGCCGCGCGACGAGACUCCAACGCCUCGUCCUCUUGGACAUGGUUCUUGAAGCCGAGCAAGGGGUCUUCCGAGCGUCAGAGCCUUAUCGGCGGCGGCAGCGAGGCCGGUGAUGAUGGACGUGCCCCGGAUCACGACCAAGACGGGUACAGCGACCAAUACCAUCACCGCCAACCGUCGUGGACGGAUUCUUUUCGCGAAAUCUUUAACCGGUCCACAAUAUCUCUCUUGCUGUCGUACCUCAUCUACCAGUUCUCCAACAUCUCAUUCAACAGCCUGUACCCCAUCUUCGCUACCGCCCCGGGCCCGACGGGUCGCAGCCUCGACCCUAGCACCAUCGGCCUGAGCUUGAGCAUCGCCGGUGUCUUCACGAUUGUCUUUCAGCUCCUCGCCUUCCAACCUAUAAGGAUACGCCUCGGGAAUCUGGGACUCUACCGUGUCGCGCUACUUGGUCUGGCCAUCAGCAUGGGCUUGAUGCCGUGGACCUGCAACAUCACCUCGGACCCGCCGUUCGGCGUGGGCACGGGGAAACAGUGGCUGUAUGGAGAGCUCGGCGCAAUUUUGAUUAUUAAGAAUAUCAGUGCCGUGGGGGCUCUCAUUACCAACUCCGCCAUGUCCUACUCUAGCCUAGGUACCCUCAACGGCAUUGCCCAGACGAUUUCCGCGGCCGGACGGAGCAUUGGACCAUUCCUCGCCGGGUCUACAUUCUCACUCAGUACCCGCUUAGAGCACAAGGGAGAAGCCCUUGCGUGGGGCCUGUUUGGGGGCAUCGCCCUGGUCGGCUGGCUUACAACAUGGGGCAUCGAUGGCAAAGGCUUGGAGAGUGACGACUGGCAAGGAAACGACGGAGAUUCCGAGGCCUCUGUAUAG